CAGGUGCUGCAUCAGAUUGGUCGCGCCAGGGGGGUCGAUGCUGGCGAGCCGUUGGCGCGCCCCCGUGCGCCGCCGCCCCCCUGCCGCCAGCACGGCCAUGGCGCCGGCCUGGGGUGCCGCCCGCCUCGCCCGGCUGCUCCGCUCGCGGGCCCCGCGCGCGGGCGCCAGCACGCUUCGCCUCCGCGGCCCCCGCGGCGCCGGACGGGGCGGUCGUGGGCACGUACUCCCGCCAGGCGGACCUGGCCAAGAGCUACCUGAAGGAGUACGAGGCCGCGAGGAUCAGCGGCAACGCGCACGAGGCCCUGAGGAUGAUGCUCAAGAAGGCCUCCGCCGCGGCGCAGGGCGUGCACGUGAGGCUGCCGCUGGGCCACGGGCAGAAGGACCUGAGGCCGCGGUCUCGGAUCCCUUGGCUGCCACCGGGCCGUCCCGGAUUUCCACUGCGCCGGGGGCGCCCCCCGCUUCGAGCUGCCCGUCACCGUCCGGGUGCCGCUGUGGCCCGAGCGCGUCGGGCCCGCGCGGGUGCUGGCGGAGGGCGUGCCGUGAAGGGCGCCCAGGGGGCGGAGACGGGGGGGGGGAGGGUGAGUGGCGUCGCUGUCUUCGCUCGCCAGGCGGGGUGA